CUCUACGUCGCCUGCCGCAAGAGCCUGGUGCCCACGGUGGGGAGCGGCCUGAUGGAGGGGAACGGCGUGUCGCUGACCAGGAUCCUGCGCUCCGCCAGGCUCAGUUUAAUUCAGUUUUUUAGCAAAAUGAAGAAGUGGAUGGACAUGUCAAAUCUGCCACAGGAAUUCCGAGAGCGAGUGGAGAGGCUGGAGAGAAAUUUUGAAGUGUCAACUGUGAUUUUCAAAAAAUUUGAACCAAUAUUCUUGGAUAUAUUUCAAAACCCUUACGAAGAAACUUCUAAACCACAGCGAAGCAGGAAACAGAGACGGGUGCCAUGCGGUGUGAAAGAUCUCUUCAACUUCUGCUGGACUCUCUUUGUGUACACGAAGGGUAAUUUCCGUAUGAUUGGAGAUGAUUUAGUAAAUUCCUAUCAUUUGCUUCUGUGCUGCUUGGACCUGAUUUUUGCAAAUGCCCUUUUGUGUCCAAAUAGAAGAGAUUUGCUAAAUCCGUCGUUUAAAGGCUUACCAGCGGACUUCCACGCGACAGAGAUCAAAGCCUCUGAAGACCCUCCUUGCAUCAUUGCCACACUAUGUGAGCUGCAUGACGGGCUUUUAGUAGAAGCAAAAGGAAUAAAGGAACACUACUUUAAACCAUACAUUUCAAAACUAUUUGAUAGGAAGAUCUUAAAAGGAGAAUGUCUGUUGGAUCUUUGCAAUUUUACAGAAAAUAACAAAGCACUGAAUAAAGAGUAUGAAGAGUACGUUCUGACAGUGGGGGACUUUGACGAGAGAGUUUUUCUAGGAGCUGAUGCUGAAGAAGAAAUUGGCACUCCUCGAAAAUUUCCUGCAGACGUGCCGGUAGGGAAAACGGCAGCAAGAGCUCAUGUGGAGUGUCAUCUUCAGCAGCAUUUUGAAAAGAAAAGGUCAUUUGCACCUUCAACUCCACUGACUGGAAGAAGAUACCUACGAGAGAAGGAAGCUGUCAUCACUCCUGUUGCUUCAGCAACACAAAGCGUGAGCCGGCUGCAGAACAUUGUGGCUGGAUUGAAAAAUGCACCGAGCGAACAACUUAUAACUAUUUUUGAGUCUUGUGCACGCAGCCCUAUGGAAAGCAUUAUGAGCAGAGUGAAAGAAAUAGGUGAGACGUUCUGUCGCAGCUACACUCAGUCAACAGAUGAACAGCCAGGAUCUCAUAUAGAUUUUGCUGUAAACAGAUUAAAACUGGCAGAGAUCUUGUACUAUAAAAUCUUGGAGACUGUAAUGGUGCAAGAAACACGAAGACUACAUGGGAAGGAUCUGACUGCUCUCUUGGAACAAGAUGUCUUUCACCGCUCUCUGAUGGCGUGCUGCUUGGAGAUCGUGCUUUUCGCAUAUAGCUCACCGCGUACCUUUCCCUGGAUCAUUGAAGUUCUUGACCUCAGGCCAUUCUAUUUCUAUAAGGUAAUUGAAGUACUGAUUCGGUCCGAGGAAGGACUUUCCAGAGACAUGGUGAAGCACCUCAACAGCAUUGAGGAACAAAUUCUCGAGAGUCUCGCCUGGACUCGGGACUCGGCACUGUGGAGUGCCCUCCAGGCCUCAGAAAACAAGGUCCCAACCUGUGAAGAGGUAAUAUUUCCCAGUAAUUUCGAAGCAAGCAAUGGAGGAGGCGGGCUUGGGCAUUUGCCUAUGAUGCCAAUAUCUCCUAUAAUUCAUCCUCGAGUAAAAGAAGUUCGGACAGAUCUUGGUGGGAGUUUAAGACGGGACACGCAGCCAUUGUCACCAAUCUCUGUUCACGAGCGCUACAGUUCUCCCACAGCUGGAAGUGCUAAGAGAAGGCUCUUUGGAGAUGACAGCCCCAAAGAAAUGCAGAUGGAAAAAAUUUUAACCGAAGGAACAAAGUUGACAAUUGCUCCAGCGUCAAGCAUUUCUGCUGAAAAUGUGUCGGUGUCUCCUGGCCAGACGGUACUGACCGUGACAACAGCUACAGUACCGGGAAAAACGGGACAGAAGGUUACUAUCCCACUGCACGGUCAGCCAUGUAAAAUGGAGGCUCAGGCUCCCUGCCACCCUCAGGUGAAUCAAGCACAAGAAGCGCAUCUGUCAUCAGCAAGCAAACCAAAGAAAACGGGAUCCUUGGCACUGUUUUACAGAAAGGUUUAUCAUCUGGCAAGUGUGCGCUUGCGUGAUCUGUGCUUAAAACUGGAUGUUUCCAAUGACUUGCGCAGGAAGAUAUGGACAUGCUUCGAAUUCACUUUGGUUCAUUGUGCUGAUCUGAUGAAGGACAGACACUUGGACCAGCUCCUCCUUUGUGCCUUUUAUAUCAUGGCAAAGGUAACCAAAGAGGAAAGAACUUUUCAGGACAUAAUGAAAAGUUACAGAAAUCAGCCACAAGCGAACAGCCACGUUUACAGGAGUGUCUUGUUGAGAAAUGUUUCUGCCGAUGUCCUGUCGGACAAAAAUGCAAACCAAGAUGUGGAGAUGACAGAAGACUCGUCGGUGAAAGCGGGUGGUUCCUCGGGACGAUGCGCAGCAGAGAGCGAGUCGGGAACGGAGGAGAGAGGAGACCUGAUUAAAUUUUACAAUGCAGUCUAUGUAGGAAGAGUAAAAUCAUUUGCACUGAAGUACGAUAUCACAAACCAGGAUCAUGUAGUGGAAGCCCCUCCCUUGUCUCCAUUCCCCAACAUUAAGCAACAGCCAGUGUCUCCUCGACGGAUCUCUCAACAGCACUCCGUUUACGUUUCGCCGCACAAGAAUGGUGCCUGCUUGACACCCCGAACUGCGCUGCUCUAUAAAUUCAAUGGGAGCCCUUCCAAGAGUUUGAAGGACAUCAACAAUAUGAUAAAACAAGGUGAACACAGGAGUAAGAAACGAGCAAUAACAAUUGAUAGUGACACUGAAUCCCCUACGAAGCGACUCUGCCAAGAAAACGAUGAUGUUCUACUUAAACGUCUCCAGGAUGUUGUCAGUGAAAGAGCAAAUCAUUAGAACUGCCGAUUUUCUGUGGGAUCUAAGAGCUAUGGAGUUAGAUACAGCUGUUGCACUAUUUCUUGCUUGUGUAUACAGACAACUGCCAA